CAGCUUCAUGUGCUGCAGCAGCGCAGGGGAAGGUGCCUCGAACAGCGGCCGUUACGGCCCCUGCCCUGGGACGCUGGGACUUAAGCCUGGAGAUUGUGGAAGCCGCCAACUCCCGCACAAGGGGCACCCGGACUCCUUGAUGCCUCCGCAGUCUUCGAACAGACGGGGAAACUGAGGCCCUAAGAGGCCUAAAGCCUACACUUCCCGGCGGAAUGCGGCGGGCGCGAGUGGGUUAAAGGGGCGGGGCCGGCGCUGGCCCAGCCCGCGGCUCCCCCCGAGCGCCCCCGCCCCGGAGCUCCCCCGCCCUGGCGCUCCCUAGCCCGGCCCGGCCCGGCAGCGAGAGCGGCGCCAUGGAGGCUACCGGAGUGCUGCCAUUCGUGCGUGGCGUGGACCUCAGCGGCAACGACUUCAAGGUGAGCCGGGCUGGGCGCGUGCGGGGCCUCCCUGCAGGCCUUCUCUUCCGCCUGGCCCGCUUGGCCUCCGCUUCCUGUCCCGCUCGGCUCCAGGCCCUGCGCGGCCGGGGCGGGGUGGGGCUCUCCCCUGGCCAGGAAUGGACGUCCGAGGCCUCCGCCCGGUGUCUGGCGGCUACUUCCCUGAGAAUGUCAAGGCCAUGACCAGCCUGCGAUGGCUGAAGCUGAACCGCACUGGCCUCUGCUACCUGCCCGAGGAGCUGGCCGCCCUGCAGAAGCUGGAACACUUGUCUGUGAGCCACAACAACCUGACCACGCUUCACGGGGAGCUGUCCAGCCUGCCGUCGCUGCGUGCCAUCGUGGCCCGAGCCAACAGUCUGAAGAAUUCCGGAGUCCCCGAUGACAUCUUCAAGCUAGAUGACCUCUCGGUCCUGGACUUGAGCCACAACCAGCUGACGGAGUGCCCGCGGGAGCUGGAGAACGCCAAGAACAUGCUGGUGCUGAACCUCAGCCACAACAGCAUCGACACCAUCCCCAACCAGCUCUUCAUCAACCUCACUGACCUGCUAUACCUGGACCUCAGCGAGAACCGCCUGGAGAGCCUGCCCCCGCAGAUGCGCCGCCUGGUGCACCUGCAGACGCUCGUGCUCAGUGGAAACCCCCUGCUGCAUGCACAGCUCCGGCAGCUCCCAGCGAUGACGGCCCUGCAGACCCUUCACCUUCGGAGCACCCAGCGCACCCAGAGCAACCUGCCCACCAGCCUGGAGGGUCUGAGCAACCUUGCAGACAUGGACCUGUCCUGCAACGACCUGACGCGGGUGCCCGAGUGUCUGUACACCCUCCCCAGCCUGCGCCGCCUCAACCUCAGCAGCAACCAGAUCACGGAGCUGUCCCUGUGCAUAGACCAGUGGGUGCACGUGGAAACUCUGAACCUGUCCCGAAAUCAGCUCACCUCACUGCCCUCAGCCAUUUGCAAGCUGAGCAAGCUGAAGAAGCUGUACCUGAAUUCCAACAAGCUGGACUUUGACGGGCUGCCCUCGGGCAUUGGCAAGCUCACCAACCUGGAAGAGUUCAUGGCUGCCAACAACAACCUGGAGCUGAUCCCUGAAAGUCUCUGCAGGUGCCCAAAGCUGAGGAAACUUGUCCUGAACAAGAACCGCCUGGUGACCCUCCCAGAAGCCAUCCAUUUCCUGACGGAGAUCGAGGUCCUGGAUGUGCGGGAGAACCCCAACCUGGUCAUGCCGCCCAAGCCCACGGACCGUGCUGCUGAGUGGUACAACAUCGACUUCUCGCUGCAGAACCAGCUGCUGCUAGCGGGUGCCUCUCCUGCUACCGUGGCUGCGGCUGCAGCUGCAGGGAGUGGGCCCAAGGACCCUAUGGCUCGCAAGAUGCGACUGCGGAGGCGCAAGGAUUCAGCCCAGGAUGACCAGGCCAAGCAGGUGCUGAAGGGCAUGUCAGAUGUUGCCCAGGAGAAGAACAAAAAGCAGGAGGAGAGCGCAGAUGCCCGGGCCCCCGGCGGGAAGGUGCGACGCUGGGACCAGGGCCUGGAGAAGCCCCGCCUUGACUACUCUGAGUUCUUCACGGAGGACGUGGGCCAGCUGCCCGGCCUGACUAUCUGGCAGAUAGAGAACUUCAUGCCUGUGCUGGUGGAGGAAGCCUUCCACGGCAAGUUCUACGAGGCUGACUGCUACAUUGUGCUCAAGACCUUUCUGGAUGACAGCGGCUCCCUCAACUGGGAGAUCUACUACUGGAUUGGUGGGGAGGCCACACUCGACAAGAAAGCUUGCUCUGCCAUCCACGCUGUCAACUUGCGCAACUACCUAGGUGCUGAGUGCCGCACUGUCCGGGAGGAGAUGGGCGAUGAGAGCGAGGAGUUCCUGCAGGUGUUUGACAAUGACAUCUCCUACAUUGAGGGUGGAACAGCCAGUGGCUUCUACACUGUGGAAGACACGCACUACGUCACCAGGAUGUAUCGUGUAUAUGGGAAAAAGAACAUCAAGUUGGAGCCUGUGCCUCUCAAGGGGGCCUCUCUGGACCCAAGGUUUGUUUUCCUGCUGGACCGAGGGCUAGACAUCUACGUGUGGCGGGGGGCCCAGGCCACACUGAGCAGCACCACCAAGGCCAGGCUCUUUGCAGAGAAAAUUAACAAGAAUGAGCGGAAAGGGAAGGCCGAGAUCACACUGCUGGUGCAGGGCCAGGAGCUCCCAGAGUUCUGGGAGGCACUGGGUGGGGAGCCCUCUGAGAUCAAGAAGCACGUGCCUGAUGACUUCUGGCCGCCCCAGCCCAAGCUGUACAAGGUGGGCCUGGGCUUGGGCUACCUGGAGCUGCCACAGAUCAACUACAAGCUCUCCGUGGAACAUAAGCAGCGUCCCAAGGUGGAGCUGAUGCCAAGAAUGCGGCUGCUGCAGAGUCUGCUGGACACGCGCUGUGUGUACAUUCUGGACUGCUGGUCCGACGUGUUCAUCUGGCUCGGCCGCAAGUCCCCGCGCCUGGUGCGCGCUGCCGCCCUCAAGCUGGGUCAGGAGCUGUGCGGGAUGCUGCACCGGCCACGCCAUGCCACGGUCAGCCGCAGCCUCGAGGGCACCGAGGCGCAGGUGUUCAAGGCCAAGUUCAAGAAUUGGGACGAUGUGUUGACGGUGGACUACACGCGCAACGCGGAGGCCGUGCUGCAGAGCCCGGGUCUCUCCGGGAAGGUGAAACGCGACGCCGAGAAGAAAGACCAGAUGAAGGCUGACCUCACUGCGCUUUUCUUGCCGCGGCAGCCGCCCAUGUUGCUGGCUGAGGCGGAGCAGCUGAUGGAGGAGUGGAACGAAGACCUAGACGGCAUGGAGGGUUUCGUGCUGGAGGGCAAGAAGUUUGCGCGGCUGCCGGAAGAGGAGUUUGGCCACUUCUACACGCAGGACUGCUACGUCUUCCUCUGCAGGUACUGGGUGCCCGUGGAGUACGAGGAGGAGGAAAAGAAGGAAGACAAGGAGGAGAAGGCCGAGGGCAAAGAAGGCGAGGAGGCAACAGCUGAGGCAGAGGAGAAGCAGCCGGAGGAGGACUUCCAGUGCAUCGUGUACUUCUGGCAAGGCCGUGAAGCCUCCAACAUGGGCUGGCUCACCUUCACCUUCAGCCUGCAGAAGAAGUUCGAGAGCCUCUUCCCUGGGAAGCUGGAGGUGGUACGCAUGACGCAGCAGCAGGAGAACCCCAAGUUCUUGUCCCAUUUCAAGAGGAAGUUCAUCAUCCACCGGGGCAAGAGGAAGGCGGUCCAGGGCGCCCAGCAGCCGAGCCUCUACCAGAUCCGCACCAACGGCAGCGCCCUCUGCACCCGGUGCAUCCAGAUCAACACCGACUCCAGCCUCCUCAACUCUGAGUUCUGCUUCAUCCUCAAGGUUCCCUUUGAGAGUGAGGACAACCAGGGCAUCGUGUAUGCCUGGGUGGGCCGGGCAUCAGACCCUGAUGAAGCCAAGUUGGCAGAAGACAUCCUGAACACCAUGUUUGACACCUCCUACAGCAAGCAGGUUAUCAACGAAGGCGAGGAGCCUGAGAACUUCUUCUGGGUGGGCAUUGGGGCACAGAAGCCCUAUGACGACGAUGCCGAGUACAUGAAGCACACACGGCUCUUCCGGUGCUCCAAUGAGAAGGGCUACUUCGCAGUGACUGAGAAAUGCUCCGACUUUUGCCAAGAUGACCUGGCAGAUGAUGACAUCAUGUUGCUAGACAACGGCCAAGAGGUCUACAUGUGGGUGGGGACCCAGACUAGCCAGGUGGAGAUCAAGCUGAGCCUGAAGGCCUGCCAGGUGUAUAUCCAGCACAUGCGGUCCAAGGAACAUGAGCGGCCGCGCCGGCUGCGCCUGGUCCGCAAGGGCAACGAGCAGCACGCCUUUACCCGCUGCUUCCAUGCCUGGAGCGCCUUCCGCAAGGCCCUGGCCUAAGACAGGCUGGCACAGCCCCAGGCUUGGUGAGGAAGAGGAAGGGGCCUCAUCCACUGUCUGCUAGCAAAGAAUGUACUCAGGUGACAACGCCUGCUCCAGCCACGUCCGGUGCCACAGUCCCCAGUAGCCUCAAGCAGCACCAAUGGGGAUGACCCUGACAGGUGCCCUCAGGGGUCUGGGAAAUCCAACUCCCUCCGCAGUGUGAAGCCCCCUCACUCUUCCGCCAGGGAUAAAGCAGAUGUGGCUGCCCUUUAAGAGAUAUUAAAUGCUUUUAUUUUCAAUAUUAAAAAUCAGUAUUUUUAAUAUUAAAA